CUUGUUGCAAUCUUGUAAUGAUGAUGACAAUAUUAAUGACGAUGAUGACAAUGAUGAUGACCUUGAUUAUGAUGCUUUGUGCUAUAAGACCCAACUUGAAACUCUUAGCACCAUUUGAACCUUUGCUCAAACACUUACUAACAACUUUGUGAAUGUUGUAAGGUUGUUAUUCCAAGGUAUUCAGAUCUAGUCCCCAGGCUCCAGUAUUUAGCAUGUCACUGUGGUCAUGACAGAAGUGCAGAGAGUGGGGCCCAGUGUCUGGCUGGGAUAAUUAACAAGUUGCCUGAAGGUGAUGAGUUAACUUCACUGGUAAACGACUUGAUGAGCAAAAUAUGGCAAGUCAGUGGCAAAGAGGACUCACUAAAACGAGCCACAGUAACUUGGCUUUGGUUGACUAAAGCAGUAGUGAUCCGCUCUCACGCAUUAGCACCUAAAUUUAUUGAAAAGGUUUUUAGUUUGCUGGUUGAUAAAUAUGUUGGCCGUGUCGCAGCAGAUGGUUUCUAUAUCAUCAUGGCGGAUUAUGAAGAAGUCAUGAGUGUUAAAAUGCAUGUUAAUUACAGGAUGAUGUACCGUCAGCGGCUUUUCAUGGAAACUGCUCCCAAGUUAAUACAAGGAUUUCACUCUGCAGAGCCAGACGUUAAGCAUCAUUACCUUUGUGCGCUGUCUCAUCUCCUGCAGUGGAUCCCAAAACAGGUUCUACUCACCGAGCUGCCAAAUUUGAUGCCGCUAUUGGUUCAAUCUUUGUCCUGUGAGGAACAGAGUUUGAGGCUGUCCACAUUACAGACCUUGUAUUCACUAGUGCUGGAUGCUCCUGAGAUUAUUACACGUCACGUGACUUCAUUAGUUCCCAUGCUCCUGGGAUUGUCAAAGUUUCAGCUAUCAAUGAAAAUUCGAAUGGAAGCUCUCAAGUGUUUGGGAGCAAUGACAACUUUACCUCACCAUGCGGUGUACCCUUACAAAACCAAAGUAUGUAGAGCGUUAGCUGACUCAGUCGAUGAUAAAAAGAGAUUAGUCCGAAAAGAAGCAGUGAAAUGCAGAAACGAAUGGUACCUUCUGGGCAGUUCCACGAGAUAGCACUCGCUGAUUUUGUGGAAAUAGAAUUAACAGAAUGGUUGCGUUACAAGAACAGUAGCAGGUGGCCCCACCCCCGCACUGCUGUCCAGCCAUUCUAGGUCUUCAUCCAGUGCCUAGGGAUACGAACAUGUUAUGGAUUUAAGAGUUGAUUUUCGUUUAUCUCCGGUAACAUGAGAGCAAAGAACAGUGACUCGCUACUACGUUGAUUUGAGGACCGGUGACUGACCCUUAAUAGUUAUUUUCGCUUGGAACGCCAGGAAAGCACAAUAUCUCAGCUCUUUCGAGCUUCCUCGUGUCUUGAGCAUCUUCCCAGAAAACUGUUGUACAAGCAAUGUCAAGAUCAACAUUGACGUUAACACCUGAAGAAGCAUUUGUACUCAGCUGGACGAACUGGAAACUCAGUAAUCCGAUUGCUUAAUCACGUGACUUUUCCUGCUGAUGAUAAACCAGCGUGCCUAUGAAGUGAUCCCUUUGGUUUAUAUCAUCUCUUUGAUCGGAUGAUGAGAAACAGAUACUCCUGAAGUAGUAGUCCGCAGUAUUUUAAUAUUUAACAAUUAUUCACAGAAGUGGAGGUGAAUAGUGGUGGAUAUUUACCGAGCCG